UAAAAAAUGUAAUAAUUAGGAUGACCGUGGUAGAGCUCAGAAGGAGAAAGAGGAUCUGGGCCAUGCAAUGGCACUUUCUUCAGCUGAAGAUUUAAAGAGACCAAACGCCCAUCAAGGAUAUAGUUGGGGAGAAGACACCGGUGAUGAUUACUCAAAGGCACUUCAGGAUACCCUUAACUCUUCUGCACACCCUCCAUAUGUAGCCCCUACACCAUUUUAUCCCCACGAAUAUAGAAGAAUAUGUGGUGGCUGCAACCAAGAGAUAAUCUAUGGAAAUUGUUUGGGCUGCAUGGAUACUUAUUUUCAUCCAAAUUGCUUUCGCUGCCACUCUUGUCGUUACCCCAUUACAGAGCGUGAGUUUUCAUUGUCAGGGAAGCAUCCAUAUCACAAGUCCUGUUUUAAAGAGUUGACUCACCCAAAAUGUGAAGUUUGCUUCCAAUUUAUUCCUAUAAAUUCUGCUGGUUUGAUUGAGUAUAGGUGCCACCCAUUUUGGUCCCAAAAGUAUUGUCCAUCUCAUGAAUAUGAUAACACAGCUCGUUGCUGUAGUUGUGAAAGACUGGAGCCACGGAACAUAAAAUACUAUAGACUAGAAGAUGGACGGAGUUUGUGUUUAGAGUGCAUGGAAUCUGCUAUAACAGAUACUGGUGAUUGCCAGCCCCUUUACCAUUCCAUCAGAGAUUACUAUGAAGGAAUGCAGAUGAGAAUAGAUCAGCAAAUUCCCAUGCUUCUCGUUGAAAGAGAAGCACUUAAUGAAGCUAUUGAAGGGGAAAAGAAUGGUUUUCACCACUUACCAGAAACAAGGGGUUUAUGUCUUUCAGAAGAGCAGACUGUCACCAGUAUACAUAGAAGGCCAAGAAUUGGAGGCCAUCGACUAAUAGGGAUGAGAACUCAACAUCAAAAAUUGAUUAGAAAAUGUGAAGUUACAGCAAUUCUUGUUCUAUACGGUCUUCCUAGGUUGCUCACAGGUGCUAUACUAGCCCACGAGUUGAUGCAUGCAUGGCUGCGCCUUAAAGGUAUAUUUUCAUCAUAAAAAAUAUUAGUGAUACUCACGUUAGCACUCUAUUAUCAGUUGAAAAUCACAAAAUUUAAGAAAUCUUACUGCUAAAUCAUGAGAGACUCGUUAAGUAAGACACGGGACCUAC